AUGAGCAAUAAGGAAUCCAACGCUGCUCCUAACGAAAAUGCCGCCCCUCACCCCGAGGCCGUUGAUCCGCUCACAGGCACCGAGCACCGCGAUUUCUCAGUCUUCACUGUCGCCGAGAAGCGCGCAAUUGUUUCAGUCGGCUCUAUGGCCGCAUUCUUCUCCCCACUAUCCUCGAGUAUUUAUUUCCCCGCGCUGGACACCGUUGCAAAGGCCUUAGGCGUGUCAACCACCAAAGUGAACUUGACCGUGACCACGUAUUUGAUCUUGCAGGGAAUAGCCCCCAUGCUGAUUGCAGGCUUCUCGGACACUGCUGGCAGACGCCCGGCGUACAUCAUCUGCUUCACGAUUUAUCUCGCCGCCAACCUCGGACUCGGUCUUCAAAACAGCUACGCAGCUCUGCUGGUGCUACGGUGUCUUCAGAGUGCGGGUAGCAGUGGCACUGUGGCGCUUGCAAAUGGCCUGGUGGGAGAUAUGAUUACCUCCGCCGAACGAGGCUCCUACAUCGCCUUCGCUUCCCUGGGAAGCAUGCUCGGCCCUUCAGUCUCACCUAUCAUUGGUGGGUUGAUCAGCCAGUAUCUGGAUUGGCAUUGGCUGUUCUGGUUCUUGCUCAUCCUAUCUGGUAUCUUUUUCGUGCUGCUUCUUCUUUUCCUGCCGGAAACCUGUCGGCAAGUUGUCGGCGAUGGGUCGAUUCCCCCGCCGCCGCUGAAUGCCUCCGUCAGUGACUGUUUUCGCAAUCGGUGCCGCAGAAAGAGAGGCGAGGAUGCUGGGAACCGCACAUUUCGUUUCCCUUCGCCUCUGCCAACUCUCAAAGUUGUCACAGACCUGGAGACGGGAGCAAUCUUGCUUGUCACGGGCUUGAUGUAUGCCGGCUUCUAUGCUAUCAUGACCGGAGCCACCGCAUCAUUUCACAAUGUCUACGGAUUGAAUAAUAUUGAGACUGCACUGAUGUAUUUGCCUCUCGGCAUCGGGGGGAUCGUUUCCGCGUUCACCACGGGACGCCUGGUCGACUUCAAUUAUCGCCGCCACGCGAAACGGGCCGGGAUGCCAGUGGUGAGAAGCAAGGCGCAAGACCUCAGCAACUUCAACAUUGAGAAAGCCAGACUCGAAAUCGCGUUGCCCGCGUACUACCUGAGCGCCGUGUGCAUGAUCGUCUACGGGUGGCUGAUGGGCCGCCGUGUCCAUCUGGCCGCCCCGGCGGUUCUCUUGUUUUUCAGUGGAUGGUCUCUCAACGCCACUUCGCAAGUGUUGAAUGCGCUCUUGGUGGACGUCUGGCCGGGUCGAGCAGCUGCGGCCACUGCAGCCAACAACCUGAUGCGCUGUGAGCUCGGUGCUGCGGCAUCCGCUGCCAUCUGCCCGAUGCAAAGGGCCAUGGGAUGGAGCUGGGCAUACACGACUUUGGCGUUGAUCUCGAUUGCUGCAUCGCCAGUUUUGUGGCUAAUCACACUCCGUGGAAUCAAAUGGCGGCAGAGGCGAGCGCGAAGGGAGAGUGGGCGCGUUGACAAGUGA